UCGACCUUGGAAUCUGAAAAGCAGUGCGGGAGCAGAAAGGGACGACGGAGGAGGAGCAGGGUUGGCGAUGGAUGCCGAUGACGUAAUGAUUUUGUCCGUUCUUGCGUCAUUUGCCGCAUCAUUGUGUAUGCUGAUCGGUGGAACGCUCUUAGCGAUAGGAGGUGCUGCGAAGUGUGAUGGCUUUCUUUUUCUUCCAUCGAUGCUGAUCGGCAUCGUUCUCUGCCUUAACCCUGUGUUCGUCGUGGUACUGGGAGGCGAUAGUCCCAGGGGUAAACAGGGACGUCUGUUCUACGCAAACCUGACCGUGUUCGCCUUGUCCAUUCUUCUGCUGUUAUCCUUGGCGAUAUUCGCCUUCCGCGUCAGUGAGGAGGGUGUGUCUGAGUCCGACUGGCUUCAGGAGAGAUACCGAUCCAAUGCUACCUGGGGCAAGAUCCGCAGGUGUUUGUGGUUCAACCGCGGAGUUUGCAAGCGGUUCAUGAAGCACCCAGGCAACUUCUCCGAGUACGAGAACAAGACGUUGGCGGACCUUGACGACGACUUCAAGCUGACGGCGAUGGAGGCGUCCUGCUGCAAGCCCCCAGCUGGGUGCGGGUUCGCUCGAACGCUCGACACGGCCACGUUCAUCCGGAUGAGCAACAUGAGCACGGCAAGCCAGGCGAGCGACGCUACCAUGCUGACGGAGGAGGACUGCAGUCUGUUCAAGAACUCGGCGAAUGCGCGCUGCUUCGACUGUCUCUCCUGCAAAGCUGAGUUCCUGCACACUGUCAAGCGGCAGUGGCGCAGGUGGGCGGCGAUGUGCUUGCCCUAUGCGAUUAUCCUGCUGAUGUCUUAUGGAUGCUUUUGCAUGGCUAGACUGCAGUGAUGAUUGCGGACGGAGCGCAUUUCGUGG